ACCACUGCAACUCCACAACCUACUACAACAACUACAACUUCAGCUCCUGCGACAACCACAACAACAGCACCUACUACAACACCUGCUGUUCCUACAACUGUAGCUCCCACGACCACUCCACCUGCUGUACUUACUACAACAAUCACAACUACAGCUCCUGAUACAACAACUUUAACUUCUACGUCAACCACAGCAGCUGCCUCUACGACAACCACUGCAGCUCUAAAUACAACAACUGCUGCUCCAACGACCACUACAACUCCAGAACCUAUUACGACAACCACUGCAGCUUCAGCUACAACAACUACAACUUCAGCUCCUACGACAACCACAACAACAGCACCUACUACAACACCUGCAGUUCCUACAACUGUAGCUCCCACGACCACUCCACCUGCUGUACUUACUACAACAAUCACAACUACAUCUCCUGAUACAACAACUGUAAUUUCUACAUCAACCACAGCAGCUGCAUCUACGACAACCACUGCAGCUCUAACUACAACAACUGCUGCUCCAACGACCACUACAACUCCAGAACCUAUUACGACAACCACUGCAGCUCCUGCUACAACAACUACAACUUCAGCUCCUACGACAACCACAACAACAGCACCUACAACAACUGUAGCUCCCAUGACAACUGCAGCUCCUACAACAGCUUUAGCAUCUACGACAACCACUGCAGCCCUAACUACAACAACUGCUGCUCCUACGAGCACUGCAACUCCACAACCUACUACAACAACCAGUGCAGCUCCUACUACAACUACAACUUCAGCUCCUACGACAACCACAACAACAGCACCUCCAACAACUCCUACUACAACAACUACAACUUCAGCUCCUGCGACAACCACAACAACAGCACCUACUACAACACCUGCAGUUCCUACAACUGUAGCUCCCACGACCACUCCAUCUGCUGUACUUACUACAACAAUCACAACUACAGCUCCUGAUACAACAACUUUAACUUCUACGUCAACCACGGCAGCUACCUCUACAUCAACCACAGCAGCUUCCUCUAUGACAACCACUGCUGCUCCAACGACCACUACAACUCCAGAACCUAUUACGACAACCACUGCAGCUCCUGCUACAACAACUACAACUUCAGCUCCUACGACAACCACAACAACAGCAGCUACAACAACUGUAGCACCCACGACAACUGCAGCUCCUACAACAGCUUUAGCAUCUACGACAACCACUGCAGCCCUAACAACAACACAGCUUACAACACCUGCAGUUCCUACAACUGUAGCUCCCGCGACCACUCCAUCUGCUGUACUUACUACAACAAUCACAACUACAGCUCCUGAUACAACAACUUUAACUUCUACGUCAACCACGGCAGCUACCUCUACAUCAACCACAGCAGCUUCCUCUAUGACAACCACUGCUGCUCCAACGACCACUACAACUCCAGAACCUAUUACGACAACCACUGCAGCUCCUGCUACAACAACUACAACUUCAGCUCCUACGACAACCACAACAACAGCAGCUACAACAACUGUAGCACCCACGACAACUGCAGCUCCUACAACAGCUUUAGCAUCUACGACAACCACUGCAGCCCUAACAACAACAACUGCUGCUCCUACGACCACUACUACUACAACAACUACAACUUCAGCUCCUGCGACAACCACAACAACAGCACCUACUACAACACCUGCUGUUCCUACAACUGUAGCUCCCACGACCACUCCACCUGCUGUACUUACUACAACAAUCACAACUACAGCUCCUGAUACAACAACUUUAACUUCUACGUCAACCACAGCAGCUGCCUCUACGACAACCACUGCAGCUCUAAAUACAACAACUGCUGCUCCAACGACCACUACAACUCCAGAACCUAUUACGACAACCACUGCAGCUUCAGCUACAACAACUACAACUUCAGCUCCUACGACAACCACAACAACAGCACCUACUACAACACCUGCAGUUCCUACAAAUGUAGCUCCCACGACCACUCCACCUGCUGUACUUACUACAACAAUCACAACUACAUCUCCUGAUACAACAACUGUAAUUUCUACAUCAACCACAGCAGCUGCAUCUACGACAACCACUGCAGCUCUAACUACAACAACUGCUGCUCCAACGACCACUACAACUCCAGAACCUAUUACGACAACCACUGCAGCUCCUGCUACAACAACUACAACUUCAGCUCCUACGACAACCACAACAACAGCACCUACAACAACUGUAGCUCCCAUGACAACUGCAGCUCCUACAACAGCUUUAGCAUCUACGACAACCACUGCAGCCCUAACUACAACAACUGCUGCUCCUACGAGCACUGCAACUCCACAACCUACUACAACAACCAGUGCAGCUCCUACUACAACUACAACUUCAGCUCCUACGACAACCACAACAACAGCACCUCCAACAACUCCUACUACAACAACUACAACUUCAGCUCCUGCGACAACCACAACAACAGCACCUACUACAACACCUGCAGUUCCUACAACUGUAGCUCCCACGACCACUCCAUCUGCUGUACUUACUACAACAAUCACAACUACAGCUCCUGAUACAACAACUUUAACUUCUACGUCAACCACGGCAGCUACCUCUACAUCAACCACAGCAGCUUCCUCUAUGACAACCACUGCUGCUCCAACGACCACUACAACUCCAGAACCUAUUACGACAACCACUGCAGCUCCUGCUACAACAACUACAACUUCAGCUCCUACGACAACCACAACAACAGCAGCUACAACAACUGUAGCACCCACGACAACUGCAGCUCCUACAACAGCUUUAGCAUCUACGACAACCACUGCAGCCCUAACAACAACA